UUAUUUCCCAUCCUUCAAAGGAAGUAAAGAAGAUGGCUGCUAAUGCAAGAGAAGUAGAUACAAGUGUUUGGCUGAAUAAUAAAUUGUCUAAUGAUGAUAUGUGGUCGGGAGCGAAUAUCUGGACAAUACUUACAACUGAUAUAUUAAGAAAUAUCCCUGAUUGCUUUCACAAUCUCCAUUCUCAAGUGAAAAUCAAGAUUUUAAUGUCAUUUCUGUACAUACCUCGCAGGCAGGCUCAAGACAUGUCUUCGCAAUUAAAUGAUAUUUUAGAAGUUUCAUUUGGCGAUUCCGACGACUGGGUUAGAAUUCUUUCAGAAAUAUUGAGAAAUUUUCCAGAAACUGGUCGACUAAAUGUUGAUCUUGCGGAUGUCAGUCCAGUUUUUUCUGAAAUCCUCCAGGAUAUAAGACUUGCAAUGAAUGACAUUGUGAACAAGAGAGUAUUGUUACCAAUGGAAUGUCCAUAUUUAAGUCGUAAUUCUUUAAUGGCUACUAUUGGAUCACAACCUCCACCAGGCAAGCAUUUUACUUUGCUAAAACCAAAAUCAGCUGCUCUGAAAGCAGAACUAUUUCAAAAAGCAACAGAAUCACUAUCUGGCAAUAAACGAGGUCAUUCUAUUCACACUGGAUCAUCAGCUAUUGUCAGUUUAAAAAGAUCUGACAGUGGCGGAAAGUCACCAUUAAAACAUAGUGUUCCUCUACUACGAGUACACAGUAAAACUGUUCCAAGCUCUGGUUCAUCUUCAGCAUUACGUACUCUUUCAGCUGCAUCUCUCAAGCAGCAAAAUAGAACAGCUAAGCUACUGGAUAUAAAUGAGCAACCAAUUGGAGGAGGUGUCAGAGAAGCAAAGCGUAGAAAGAAAAUGAUUGCAGCUGAAGCAGAGAAUUUAUUGGAAGAAGAUAGAAAGAAGAAAGAAAUAUCACAAGAAAAAACAACACCAGAGUAUGCCAUUGGAUUGAGUAACAAUGUUGAGUCAUCUGAGCCUGCUGUGAGCAAUUCACCAGCUGUAACAGCGACAUCAUCAAGUAGUACUCCAUCUUACGCAAUUGGAUUGAACACUGUACCACGUGUAGCUACUUUAAAUCCAUCUGAAUCUACUUCACAAGAAAACUUGUCGACAACUUCAGCCAACUUCACUAAAGAGUUACAAAUGCAUAUUGACAGAGAGAGGGAAAAUAUAAAACUUCGACGUCUUCAGACUGCUACAGCAGGACAACAUCUUAAUACGGGAAAUUCUUCAUUCAAAUCUGUUUCCCUUCAACCGCCAUCUCAAACGCCAUCUCAACCCAGUCUCCCGUCACGCCAGCCUACAUCAAGCACGCAACCUAGUGUAGCGAACCCAACAGCACCUAAACAGGAAUUAAAGCUGACACGAGAACAAGUAAUUGCUGCACAAGAAAUGUUUCGUGAUGCAAACAAAGUCACUAAAGCGGAGAAAUCGUUGAUUUUAGGCUUCAUGGCUGGAUCGAGAGAAAAUCCAUAUCCAGAUCAAGGCCCAGUGAUUACUGUUAGAUUAAGUGAACACACUGAGAUUAGUACAAAUUCAAAUAUGAACACGCCUCAAACACAAUUGGUAGAAAUGUUGUUUGAAAUGAACUAUGAUACUGGUCAUUGGAGACGACUUAAAAGAACACGAAUUAUUGCAAGACAAUCUUCUCAAGUAAAUCAAAAUACCUAAUAAAACGUGCUUUACCAUUCUUUU